AUUAUUAGCUUUAGAUUAUCUAAUAAUUUUUCAUUCGUUCUCCCUCUCUCUCUCUCUCUCUCUCUCUCUCUCUCUCUCUCUCUCUCUCUUUCUCCAUAUACGUAUGGAGAACUUAUAAGGAUUUGUCAGCGAAGUUUUCUUGAUUAUAGUUUGAGG